AUGUUAACGAGUUCAGGUUCCCAAUUAGAAAAGUUUUUAUCUCAUUCCCCACCUGAAACUUACAUAACUAAAUCUCCGCUAUCGAUUUUCGAAGCAAAGACUCUUCGAGAAGUGACGAGAAAGUUUAAAGAUGUUAAGAUCUCUCAAGUACUAUUUUUGAAGGAAUUAAUUUUUUUAUUGCUGCAAAAUGAAUGGACCAAAGUUUUAGACCCCCUGAGAAAUCGUUUCAAAUCUUUUGUUUUAGAAGCACUUAACAAACAUUGGUGUUGUUUAUAA